GGUUCGCUUAGUCGAUUGGCUGUCAAGGUUGUUUGUCAGGAAGCCCGGCUCUCCUAUUGGACAGUCGAGCCCGGACACGUCGAGCGGCUCUGUUGUGUGUGUGUAUGUGUAGAAAACAAGCCGAGCUGGCAGUGCGUCUCCCAUUGGCUUCGCGCGCUUCGAGCGGGCGUGGCCUCUCCUCAUGAAUAACCACUACGCCACCCACUGUCGCCAUGGCAACAUGCAAAUUUAGCCGCUGCGCCGCCGGUGAUUGGCGGGCGCCGCCUUGGCGGGCCCGGGGGCGGCGCCGGGGCGGAGAGCCGGGCAGGGAAGGGAAGAUGGCGGCGGCGGAGCGGAGCAGAUCCCCGGUUCCCGGGGGGUCCCCGGUGCCGGCCUGUAUGUUCGCCCCGGAGCCCGGCUCCCCGGGCGGACGGCCUCGCGUGGCUGCGGCCGCCUGUCCCCUCCGCGCAGCCUUCGACGGCGAGGACGGCGAGGCGCUCAACGGCGAGCCCGAGAUCGACCUCACCAGUAAGCUGGUGAUGGUGAGUCCAACUUCAGAGCAGUAUGACAGUUUGCUCCAGCAGAUGUCAGAGAGGAUUGAUGAGGGAUGUGGGGAGACCAUCUAUGUCAUUGGACAAGGAUCAGAUGGGACUGAGUACGGGCUGAGUGAGGCAGACAUGGAGGCGUCCUACGCCACGUUGAAGAGCAUGGCAGAGCAGAUCGAGGCAGACGUGAUCCUCCUGAGGGAGCACCAGGAGGCCGGGGGCAAGGUGCGCGACUACCUGGUUCGGAAACGUGUGGGUGACAACGACUUCCUGGAGGUCAGGGUAGCAGUGGUUGGCAAUGUGGACGCAGGGAAGAGCACCUUGCUGGGUGUCUUGACUCACGGCGAGUUAGACAAUGGCCGGGGCUUUGCUCGGCAAAAGCUCUUCCGCCACAAGCACGAGAUUGAGUCAGGCCGCACCAGCAGUGUGGGCAAUGACAUUCUGGGCUUCGACAGCGAGGGCAACGUGGUGAACAAACCUGACAGCCACGGUGGCAGCUUGGAAUGGACAAAGAUCUGCGAGAAAUCCACCAAGGUCAUUACUUUCAUUGACCUGGCUGGUCACGAAAAAUACCUGAAAACCACCGUCUUUGGCAUGACCGGCCACUUGCCUGACUUCUGCAUGCUUAUGGUUGGGAGUAAUGCUGGGAUUGUUGGAAUGACCAAGGAGCACUUAGGCCUGGCGCUUGCACUUAACGUUCCUGUCUUUGUUGUGGUGACCAAGAUUGACAUGUGCCCUGCCAACAUCCUGCAAGAAACCCUGAAGCUGUUACAGCGACUGCUGAAGUCCCCAGGGUGCAGGAAGAUUCCCGUGCUGGUUCAGAGCAAGGAUGAUGUCAUUGUAACAGCCUCCAACUUCAGCUCAGAGAGGAUGUGCCCAAUUUUCCAGAUUUCAAAUGUUACUGGGGAGAAUCUAGAUUUGCUGAAGAUGUUUCUUAAUCUCUUGUCUCCACGGACCAGUUACAGGGAAGAAGAACCAGCAGAAUUCCAGAUAGAUGAUACUUACUCUGUCCCGGGUGUAGGAACAGUUGUCUCCGGGACGACACUGAGAGGCCUGAUCAAGCUAAAUGACACCCUGCUGCUGGGGCCAGAUCCCCUUGGCAACUUCCUCCCUAUUGCUGUCAAGUCCAUCCACCGCAAGAGGAUGCCCGUCAAGGAGGUGCGGGGAGGCCAGACUGCCUCCUUUGCCUUGAAGAAGAUCAAGCGUUCUUCCAUCCGGAAAGGCAUGGUAAUGGUGUCACCCCGCCUGAAUCCACAAGCGUCGUGGGAGUUCGAAGCAGAGAUUCUGGUGCUCCAUCACCCCACCACCAUCAGCCCACGAUACCAGGCCAUGGUGCAUUGUGGCAGCAUCCGUCAGACAGCCACGAUUCUCAGCAUGGACAAGGACUGCCUGCGGACAGGGGACAAAGCCACGGUGCACUUCCGCUUCAUCAAAACCCCGGAAUAUUUACACAUAGACCAGCGGCUGGUCUUCCGGGAAGGCCGCACCAAAGCUGUGGGUACCAUCACCAAGCUACUCCAGACCACCAAUAACUCACCAAUGAACUCCAAGCCACAGCAGAUCAAGAUGCAGUCAACGAAGAAGGGAGCUGUUACGAAACGAGAGGAUGGUGUUCCUGCCGCUGGGGCGGCAGCUGGAGGCCCGGCAGCUGGGGAUGAGGCCCCCUCAACAGCUGCAGCACCACUGACACCUACUGCCCUGCAACCAUUGUCAAAAGUCGGAGGAGGAGGCCGUCGACGUGGGGGUCAGCGCCAUAAAGUGAAAUCUCAGGGAGCCUGUGUGACUCCUGCCAGUGGCUGCUGAAUUUCGUAUUCCUCCUCUCUCUGAAGAAUUCCUCCCCAUCCCUUCAUUUCUUAUCCAAAAGAUCCAGAGCAGCGUAAACCAAAACCCAUCCCAGCUGAUUGGCUGCAGAAGAAUCGUCCCUCCUCCCUGCAGAAAGCGAUGGAGAGGAGCAUAAUUUAUAAGCUAAUGAAGGUGAUAAGACAGAGAACUGAGUAACUGACACCUUCCUCCUCCCCCUGUUGACACAUUUUUGUACAUCAUGGGCUUAGUUUUUAUUCUUAUUAGUUUUUAUUAUAUUUUGUGUGCAUGAAGAUGAGAGGAGUCUGGAUAGAGCUGCAAAGAGCCAGUUAGUUGCCUCCCUCCUCCCUCACCCCUUUCUGUCCACAGAACUUGCUGCUCUCCCCUAUUUGCUGUCUCAGAUCCAGGGGUUAUCAGAUGCCUGAAAUUUCAGACUUGCAAAGGUUAAAACAGGUUGUUUAGGAUGGCUCCAUGGAGCAUCGUUUCAUCACCACUGUGGCCUUGUGCCAAAUAUGUUUUGGAUUCCCUCCCUCUUAAACUAUUUCUAAGUGGAUUUAAUUUAAUGUUGUAAUGACUGAAGUUUGAAGGAGAUGGUGAGAAAGUUCCUUAGUUGGAGAUCUAAGAGGGAAACAAAUUGGAAAGCAGUUGUAGAUGUUAAGUUCAGGGAUCCUAUGCUCAAUAUCCUCAAAUAAUGUUGAAAGCACUUAAAAUUUUAACUGGCGACAGAGUUAAAUGGGCAGACAUUUACCCACCCAGUUCCCCUUCCCAUCGUGCUGCUUUUCCCAGUGUUUGUUCAGUGCACAUUGGAGCAAAUCUAAGGUGCCUCCUGAGGCUGCAGCAGCUCCACUGACAGUAUUAAGAACAGUGCAGGAGCACUCAGUCCGUCCCUUGAGCCAGAGAAAGCCUUCUCACCUCGACGGACAGAGGUCACAGGUGGUAAGAUACCUUUGGAACAGAGACACCAAGCUAACAUGACCUCCCCUUGAUUUUGUUUACUCCAAGAUUUCCAAAACCUUUUUGGAACUCACUGGCCAAACUUUGCCAUGGCAGAAGCAGGAUUUGUCUUCUCCCCUCUUGGCCAAAGAGGGCAGUGACAAAUUGGUACCAAAUUUACAGGUGUGCUUUCAAGGUUGGAAGUACAUGGUAAUUUUUCUGACUUAAACUGAUUUUUUUUUUUAAGAUCUUAUUUUUCUUAAUGAGAAAUUGUGGCUUCUCCAAGAAGGCCCUGCAAGGACAGUUUACAAAUUACUGUUAGAAUGGUUUUUUUAACCAUUUAAUGAGUUUUUAAAGUGAUUGAUUCCCUGCUUAUUUUGAUCUCUUUUCUUCUAACCCUGCCUCUUCCCUUGGCUCCGGUGAGGACAGGAAUUAUCCUCUGCCAGCUUGUGGUGAGCUCUGGGAGCAUGGUGACAUUUUGAGGAGGAGGUGGCAUCCUCAGCAAAUCAUGGCUCCCCCCAGCAGGCACGGUCAGGCUCGGUUUCUCUGAGGGCUUCUUCCUCCAAUGAAGGACUUUUAUUUUAAUCAGAGAGAGACUGCAAAGUUUCUGUCCCUCCUUAGCGGGUUGUUCCUGUUCCUCACUCUGUGUCACCUGUGUGUUUUUCGUUCCAGCUCACCUUGUGACUCGGGGUAGGUCUCCAGGCCGGCUGAGAGGCAAAGCGCAUCUCCCGCUGCCAACACCAGCACUCCAAGAGCAUUAAGCGGCACGGGAGAGGCAAGAAACGUGGUUUGGAGACCAGGGUCCUUUGCCUUAGAGACUGCAGUGGGUGGAAGGGGGAGGUCAGACAGUCCUUUUCCAAGCUUUGUGCCUAAAUACCAGCACUCUCCUGGCCAGGGAGGAACUAUAGGCGGCUACAACACUAAUAGCACCCGCAUUGUGAGGGGGUGUGAGGUGUGGCUGAGCAGGGCACGAGGGCUUGGCUUGUUUGUCUUCUGGCCCUGUAGCAGCAUCAAACUGCAUCUGAUUUCACUGCCCUCUGCUUCUGAGGGGAGCAGGGAGCUCCAGGCGGUUUUCUCUUUCUCCAUUCCUUGUGCUCCAAAUGAAGGAGACUGCCGAGACUGAAAGAAGGUUCACUUCAAUUUGUGCAAAGGAGGUGGUGUGAUCUCUCUUUUGUGACCAGCAUUUACAGAUCACUCAGGCUGGUGUGAUCUAUAAAAUAAAUUUUAAAAAAGUUUGUUCCAAG